AUGGUCGAUAACUACCAGCACCAGAACCAGCUGCAGCAGCCGCCGGGCGCGGUGCGGCUGUACCACGAGCGGCAGGACGCGGCGCUGUGCGGCGUGCACUGCCUCAACGCGCUGCUGCAGGCGCCGCUCUUCGACGCCGCCGACCUCGCCGCCAUCGCUGAGGGGCUCGACCGCCGCGAGCGCGCCGUCAUGGCGGAGGGCGGGGCGGGCGCCGCCAGCGCGGGGGACGGGGGGAGCGCGGAAGGCGGGGGUGGCGGCGAGUCGGAGAACGCGGCGGCGGAUGGGGAUUUCAGCAUUCAGGUGCUAUCGGAGGCGCUUGCGGUGUGGGGUCUGGCGCUCACGCCCCUGGACGCCGCCAACAGCGCCGCACAGGCCGCGCAGGCCAACCCGCACGCCCAGACCGCCUUCCUGUGCCACCUGCACCGGCACUGGUUUGCGCUGAGGAGGGUGGGGGAGCACUGGUUCAACUUCAACAGCCUGCUCGCCGCGCCACAACACCUCUCCGAGUUCUACCUGGCAGCAUACCUCUCCUCGCUGCGCGCCGAGGGCUGGACCAUAUUCGUCGUCACAGGCGCCUUCCCCCCCGCGCCCCCGCCCGCGUCCUCCUCCUCCGCCGCGUGUGGGCGCUGGGUGACGGCUGCCCAGGCCUGUGACGAGCUCGCUGCAGCUGCUGUGGCGAAGCAGUGGGAGGAGCAGGAGGUUCGGGCGGAGCAGCAGAGAGAGAUGCAGAUCGGGGGGUUGGGAGGGAUGGGAGGGAUGUUUGGAGUUAGGGGUGGUGGUGGUGGUGGUGGAUUGGGAGGGGAUGCUUGGGGGGUGCAUGGAGGGGAAAGGGAGGGGGUGGGAGGGGAGGAUGCAGAGUUGGCUCGGGCGCUUGCUGCUAGUCUUGCUGCUGCUGGGAGUGAGGCGCUGGGGGGGGCAGCGAGCAGAGCAGGUGUGGCUUCUGGGGAAGCGGGAGCAACAGCAGCAGCAGAAGCACGAGCGGCAGCAGCAGCAGCAGCAAGAGCAGGAGCAGGGGAAGGGGCGGUGGCGGUGAGAGGUGCAGGAGCGACUGCAGAGGGUGGAGGGCAUUUAUGGUCAGAGUCAGAGAGACAGUAUGAGGAUGACUUGGCUCGUGCUAUCGCUGCCAGCAUGGCAGAUAAUACACAGGGCAUGGGCAGUCAGGGGGGUGCUGCUGCCACUGGUGGUGGUGGCCCCACAUGA